AUGUCCUCAUUCUCAGAGCACCGUCCGCCAUCAUCUUCUCAAUUUGUACCCCCGGAGUCUGCCCAACCGUACCAGUCACUGUUUGGAGGCCCCAGCAACGAUCUCGGCGUACCUCCAUCUUCUCUGCCAGAACCGGCUCGAAGGUCCAUCUUCGGCGGUCCAGCCCAAGAUGUUGCUACGGAACCGGAGACAGAGGCAGAGCUCAUGGACCGAGGGUCCAGUGAGGAUGAGGAAGAUGAACUAGAAAUGAUCAUGCGCGAACGGCCCCUGGAUAUUGAAUAUGGCUCCGACGAGGAGAGCUUCAAAGGUAGUGACGAGGAGGGAAAUGAGCCUGCACAGAAGGCUAAAAGUCGUGUGAAGCAUGAAUCUCGUGGACGGUCUACUACAAGGUCACGAUCGCGAUCACAGUCCCGAUUAAAUUCCGAAUCGCCUACGAAGACAGCGCCACUACCGACAACGUAUGUGCUCGACCGCGGCCUUGACCUGGCACCCGGGGUUGAGCGGCCUAAUCGAUGGACCGGGAGCUCAACUGCAUACCGAAGAGUCAUCGCAGACGCCCUAGCUUCCUAUGAGGGACUGAUGACGGCUCGAUCAAGGGACCUCGCGGCACAUCUCUACAAUUCGUAUAUGGUUCGCCGCCAGGGGAAAGAGACAUCCCAUGGUUUGGACGAAGAUGGAGAAGAGAAAACGUCCAUUUCCAAACGAUGGGGGGCAUGGCCUUUACCACCAUCCCGGGUGCCUCGACCCAACGAACACAUGCAGGAGUGGUUUAGUGAUCCUGACACUAUCCGGAUGCCACCCGAUCCUCGUCCUAGCGCCGAAUUGGAAGAGUCAAUCAUUGCAGUUAUGACGAGGAUUGCCAAGGAGAACUUCUUGGACCGCGAUUGGGACUAUGACGAAGUGAGAACGAACGAAUCGAGGAGAUCGACAGCCGACCCAGACGCCAUGACGGACGAAGAAGACCUGAAAGGUGCGGAAACAUCUUUUGGUCCAUCAUUCCUCCAGCCCGCUCUUCAGACCGAUGACGAUAUAUCUCGGCGACAAUUGCGGCCUCUUGCCCGGAACGUGAUUACACAAAUCGACAGUCUUUUGACGGCUCUGCAGCGCUCGAUGAAUUACCGAUCCGAGCGUGAAGUAAGUUGCGACUCGGGGCCUGGAACUGAUGACGAUGCAGCCCAGUCACAAACUGGAGAAAAGGCCAGCAAAAAUGAGUCGCGGGGUCGCAAACGCACUCGUGGGCGUCCUCGUCAGACAAAGUCAAGUGGGCGCUCUCGCAGCCAGCGCUCAUCUGCGGCCGAGACUGAAGAUGAGACUAUGCGUGAUACAUCUCAGUCUCGAGACCCGUCACGCAACUCUCGUGCGUCUGGCAAUGAUGACGACAACGAUGAUAGCGACGACGGCAUCCCGUUUAAUGCAAAACUUCCAUUACGAGACUGGAGUGAAGUCAUGGGCCUAGCAUCCAUGCUCGGUCUCCCAAACGCCGCCGUCAUGCGUGCCUCCAAGCGCUGCGCGGACCUAUUCGAUGAAGACAUGACAUUCCGCACGUUCCACGAAGGCCGGAUUGAACCAGCUGGACGACGGGAGGACAAAUCAUUGGUAUACGACUACCGUGAGAGCAAUUCCGAAGCCGAAGACUCCGAUCCUGCUCCCAGGCGCAAGCGCAAGAAGGCCAUUUCUCGGGUCCCGUCGAGAUCAGUACGAAAUCGCUCUACCUCACAAGAUGCACAGGGCUCAAUUCCCGCCGCCUCAUCGGUGAAUAUGCACACGAUUGUACCAGGGUUUGCUCCAAGUCGCGGUACUAGUCCGGAGAGAAGCAGCCCAGGAAGAGGACCGUCGCGCCGACUCAAGGGCAAGGGCGAGCAUCGCAAAGCGGACCUCGUUUGUCCGAUCAAGACAUGCUCACGACAUGCGAAAGGUUUCUCGCGAACGUGGAAUCUUAAUUUGCACAUGAAGAGAGUCCAUCCAGGGUAUCAAGAGCGAGAUCGGUCAAGAUCGAGAUCUCGUAGUAGGCCCGAGCCGGAAGUGAUUGUGAUUGAUUAG